AUGCGAUUUGAGGUAAAUGCUCGGUACUUUCAUUACCUAACCCCGAUUCGUCUAUGAAAUACCCCCCUAUCCGAAAACCUCUGUACAAAAGCUGCAUUCUACAGUUAAACGAUCACAGCAUAAUUGAAAUCUUCAAUAUUUCCGAGAAUCGGUGGAAUUCAGUAAAAAAUUUUGAAAAAAAGCCGUAAUUUCCUGACCAUUGUUCUGUACAAUCCUAUUUUUUUUUCUUUUGAAAUGAACAAAUUCAAGCUGACAGUUCUUAAGGUUAACGUCAAGCUCGCAGCAUGACGUUAACUUAGUGCGUGUCAACACGUCAGCCUAUUUUCUCGAGAUGCUCAAAAGCUGAAAUAAAAAUCUUUUCCUUUUCAAAGUUUCUAGUUCUUUUUUUUUACUGAAAUCCGGAACUGAGAUGUUGGCAGAACCAGGUCGAGCAUGUUGAUAAAAAAAAGCCCAAUUGUUCGCCGGUAUUAUGUCGAAUUCAUACUUUUAUUGCUAAAUUGAAAAACCUAUUAAAAUAUCAAUCCAAUACUGCCUAAAUUUUUUUUAUUAUUCUUGAUAAGCGUCCUCUGAAAUUCAGUUCAGUAGCAAAAGAUUUCACUCCGAACAUUUUUUUUCGUUAACUUUUUUCUUCAGAUUUUGAUGUUUCCUUGGAAAUGUGAAGCCUGGAUAUUGAGGAAAAAGAUCUUUGUGAUGACGAUGAAAUGAACUUUUAUGAAAACGUUUGACCGAAUGUAUUAUUUUUUCUAGAAUAUUCUACUUCAAACAAGUCUUUUUUUGUAAGUUGUAGAAGUUGUCACAAAUAUUCAUCAUUGUUUUUGUAUAAUUUGGGACCAAGUUUUUAUGGCGUUUAUCUUUUUCAAAUAAUUUGUAGCUAUUAAUAUUUUUCAGAGAACGAUGUUCAAGUUUUUCAUUGCCAUCUGCUUAUUCGUUUCAGUACUUGCUCAGAAAUGUGAAGGUAUGAUUUUUGUUGUCUCAGUAGAUUUAAUCUUUGUUUCAGUGUGUACAAAGGUUUUGACGGAUGUCAUGGCGAAGGUACCGGACUCCGACAAAUCGAAACCAGACGCCAUUGGUCGAAUAGUUAGAGAACAUUGUGGCGGAACAAAGAAUAAGGACCACAAGUUUGUUAGUUGUUUCCAAGAAAUAUUUUUCUCUCAUUUCUUUCAUUUGAAGUGCUUCUAUAUCGGGGCUUUGCCGGAGUCAGCAACCUCCAUCAUGAAUGAGGUGCAGAAGCCGCUCAGCUGGUCGAUGCCUCCCGAAAAAGUUUGCGAUAAACUGAAAACCAAGGAUGCGCAAAUCUGUGAAUUGAAAUAUGGUUUUUGAGUUUGAUUAACACAUCUAACUCGCUCAUUGCAGACAAGCCGCUUGACUGGAAAACUAUCGAUUUGAAGAAGAUGCGCGUUAAAGAGUUGAAAAACAUUCUCGUCGAGUGGGGAGAGGUUUUUAUUUUAUUCACGCUUUUUAAUUUAGCAAUUUUCUAGGCUUGCAAAGGAUGCACUGAGAAGACAGAAUUCAUCAAGAAAAUCGAAGAACUGAAGCCGAAAUACGUGAAAGAAGAGCUGUGAAUAAUGUUAUGACCGAGGGGUGGACAAAGUCACUUGUUGCUAUUAAUUUUUUGAUUAUCGUACAUUAUAUUGGAUGCCUUUGACUUUUUGAUCUUUAAUUUAUUUUCUUGUUUCUUGUUUGAUGACGUGUGCCUUUUUUCUACGGAGCUUAAUAAUAAAAUUUUCUCGUUUUAUUCGAAUUCUUCCCUUAUAUGGUUAUUAACCAAUUAUUUAAACUGAUGAGAAUAGAAAUUUCUUUAAAAUGAAGUUGGUUCUCAAUCUUACUUCAGGUCCUUUGGACAGAAGAGAUGGCUAGCUCUCUUCCGCGGCGCAUCAUAAAAGAAACGCAGCGUUUGUUGGCGGACCCUGUCCCUGGAAUUUCAGCGAAUCCAGACGAAUCUAAUGCUAGGUUUCAUAAAAACGGAUUAAACGGGAAGUUCUUCGUAAUUGUAGAUAUUUCCAUGUGAUGAUAGCUGGUCCCGACGACUCUCCUUUUGCUGGAGGAGUUUUCAAACUCGAGCUCUUCCUUCCAGAGGAGUAUCCAAUGGCGGCGCCAAAGGUUAGCUCGUUCUAAAUAUUUCGCUUAGUUUAGUUUUUAAGGUCCGGUUCAUGACCAAGAUCUAUCAUCCCAACAUCGAUAAACUAGGACGCAUUUGCUUAGACAUCCUGAAAGGUAAUUAGAUUACUCUAUUAUUUCUCAAAGUUUUUUGAAGAUAAAUGGUCGCCGGCUCUGCAAAUUCGUACAGUUCUCCUGUCGAUCCAGGCUUUGCUUUCUGCACCCAACCCUGAGGUUCGCAGAGUUUUACUCUAUGACUUCUUUUUUUUCUUACAACAAAAAAUUCGAAAUUUGUUAGGACCCUCUGGCCACGGAUGUCGCUGAACAGUGGAAGACGAAUGAAGCGGAAGCCAUAAGGACCGCCAAACAAUGGACUCUCGCUUACGCCCGUAUGUUUAUUUUAAAUUCUCAUUCUUUCGGCGUUUUUAACUUUUCUUCAUAUUCUAGAGUUUCCUUUUUAUAAAUGAAUUUUCUCAUUCUAUUUAAAGUCGUCUAUUUGCUAGAGAAGGCUUUAUAAAUUGAAGAUACAUAAAGUUUUAGGAGCCUCGUACAAUUCAUAUCAUUUCGAGGCGUUAAUCAUGAUGAAUAGGAAUGGCACAACUUGAGAGUUACUGCUUUUUUUGUUCCCCCAAAAUGGAAUUAGUAAACGCUGGAGAAUUCAAAAUUUUAAUUUAAUAAGCCCAAUUCCAGCGCGCUGAGGUUUGAGUGCUAACUCUAAAUAAAAAGUUCAUUUACUUGUAAUAAGUUAGUUCAUAACUAGAAAAAAAAACCUUCAAAUCAAAAUUUGAACUUCUCUUUUUCGAAAUAUACAAAAGACGCGAAAUUUAUUAACAAUAGAUUUUUUAAGCCAUGAGGCUUAUAGGUUGUCGAACGAAUCGUUUUAAGUGUAACUCGAAUUCUUCUUAUGAACUUUCAAUUUUUCCAUUGCCCUCGAGUGGUCAUUGUAGCUCAUUUCAAUAUUUCGGACGACCACAGCAAAGGAGAGAAGAUGAAAAAAAAAACCUAAUUGAAAAUUUUAUCGAUUAAAGUUUUUUCAGAAGCCUAA